CACGGCCUGUUCCUGGGAUAUCUCUUCAGUCCAGUGGCCUGUACGGUGCACAAGUUUUAUAAUCAACAGCUAACACGAACAUCACAAUCUACUAUUCGUGACACUUGCGGCCCACACCGAACCGCGAAACUACAGAAAUGAUUCUGCUGGGGCCUGCCAAACCGUGAAUCGUUUCGACCAAAAAAGUGUCGAAGGAAUAGUCCACUGAGGGAGCAAGAGAAAUUUACCCCAAUCUACUUGCCCUAGUCACCGUCCUUCUACUACUAGUCUCCCGAGGAAUCUCCAGCUUUCUCGCUGAGCUACCAUCUGCUGACCACCAGCUAAAGACAGGCAGCACUGCACACCCGAUCACAACUACGUCAAGGAAAUUCUCUCCCCCGUUGACAUGUGCACACAAGUAUCUCGCUUGCUUGUGUAGUUUGAAAACUGAAUCUUCGAAACGAUGAGGUCAGGUCAAGUCAGCUCGAGUCAGGUCGGGUCAGGUCGGGCGGCCCUCGAAUCCGUCCCAUGAGUGGACGUGCAAAUGAUGGCAUGGAGCGCUAGGGCAGGGGUAAGGGUCAAGGCCUGUUCAUUAGGGACCAAUCUCAUCACUUCCAUGGUAGAAGGGCGGUUUCAGGUCAUCGGCACCAGCAAAGAGCGGGCGGGCUGGUUGCCACCCCACCCCCCACCCCCACGGUCAAUGUUGGCAGCCUUCUACGAUCGAGGUCGUCGGCGCUGGAGCUCAACCACCCGAGGCUGAAACUUCCACGCUCGACACUUCCACAUUUCGUUUCAGACACAGACACGCCCCUCGGAAGAUUCGCGUCUCCUCUCUCUCUCCUUCAUCGGAUAAUAAUUUCAACCUCCACGAAGAAAUUUGGUGCCAUCCGUAAUGAUGCGAACACGAUAAAUCCGAGAGAUUGAUCCUUGCCCGCCCGCCAUGGCCAGGCUCUUCGAUUUUGACCCCUCC